AUUAUGGCUGUGAUGUUGCUGAUGAUUGUAUUAAUUCUGAUAUUCAUAAUGUAUGGAAAAAAAGUUAUUCUACGCAUUAAACAAUAUAUACGUGUCUGCACUUUGAUUGAUCCCAUCCCAGGUCCGAAGGCUAUCCCAAUUUUAGGCAAUGUCUACAACUUGAAGUGGGACGCCGAAGUAUACUUUUCAGAGUUUACUUAUCAAAUGGAAUAUUAUUUUCGGAAAUAUGCAUAUGUGAACGACGGAAUUUUGCGAUUUUGGAUUGGACCCGUUCCAAUCAUUUUUCUCAGUCGGCCGAAGACUGUUAAAGUUUGCAUUUCGUCUAUGUGCAAAAUACAUCGAACGAUAGCACGUUAUAUGGUGAUUAUUUUGGAAAAUUCAAAAUUGUUAUGGAAACCGCCGGAAUAUAGUCUUUUGGAGCCAAUAUGGGGAACAGGUCUUAUCACUAGCUCUGGUGAAAAGUGGCACCAAAGACGUCGAAUGUUAACUCCGGCAUUUCAUUUCAAAAUGCUGCAUAAUUAUCUAAAGAUCUUAAUUGAAGCGUUGGCAUCGCCUUGCGAUGAAAAGAUCACUUUCGAUCUUUUGCCUUACCUCCGAAGAUUUUCUUUGGAUACUAUUUCAGAAACUGCUAUGGGGAUGUCUAUCAAUGCUCAAAAAGGAGAGAACGAGAAUUUCUAUUUAGCGGUGACGAGAAUAUUCGAUCUAUUAUUCAAAAAUUUACGAUAUCCAUGGCUAUGGAUAAAACCAGUUUGGUAUGCAAUGGGCUAUGGCUACGAAUUUGACAAACAUACCAAAGUUGUUGUGAAUCUUGUGUCAAAGGUUGUAGCAGAAAGGACCAAGAAUUUCAAUAGUCUGGAGAUACCAGAUUUCGAACAAAUUGCUGAGUCUGGCAAAAAGAACCUUGCAUUCCUCGACUUGUUAUUAUCAUUAAAACAGGAUCACAAACUUACUGAACAUGAUAUACUGGAGGAAGUUGGCACAUUUUUGAUAGCAGGUUAUGACACCGUCUCAAGUAGUAUCGGUUUUGUACUAUUUCUUCUUGGACAUCGACCGAGUAUUCAAGAAAAAGUCUACAGAGAGCUGAGAGAUAUUUUUGGUGAAACCGAUCGAGAAAUCACUAGGGACGAUUUGAAGAAGAUGAAAUAUCUUGAACAAUGCAUGAAAGAAAGUAUCCGUUUGUAUCCAACAGUUGUUUUAAUCGGACGUCGCAUUACACAAGAUAUCGAAAUAGGUGGUUAUACGAUUCCUGCAGGAGUAACAGCAUGUAUCUCUCCAUUCGCUGUUGCGCGUGAUCCUGAGCAAUGGAAGAAUCCAGAAACGUUCGAUCCAGAACACUUUUCAGCGGAAAAUAUUGCUAAGCGAGAUGCAUUUGCUUUUAUACCAUUUUCGGCGGGUCCUAGGAAUUGCUUGGGCCAAAAAUUUGCAAUAAUGGAAGAAAAGAUAGCUUUAGCAUAUGUAUUAAGAAAAUAUCGAGUAAUUUCUAUGAUCUGUGAAGAGGAAAAUCGGGCUUUACCUGAAGUUUCAUUAAAGCCCAGCAAAGGCUUUCCGAUGCGCUUCGAGCUAAGAAAUACAUAA